AAGGGUCUAAGGAUGUUCAGGUCGGUGGGGUCCAAGGAGGGUUAUUUAAAUAUGGGAGUGAUGCGCGCGUGCUUUAGGGGGGAGGGGAAUGUGCCAGUGGAGAGGGAGAGAUUGAAGAUGUGGAUGAGGGAGCAUAGGAUGGAGGAGGAGGGUGACCGGAGGAGUUCUGUGGGGACAGGGUCAAGGGGGCAAGUGGUGAGGCGGUCUUCUGAGAAGACCUUAGUGACCUCCUCAGUGGUAGCAGUGCUCAAGGAGCGGAGUGUUGGGGAGGAUAAGGUGUGCGGGAUGUUAGGUGUGGUGGGGGGCAGGGCGGUUGCGAGGUCAGAGGAGGGGAGAGUUGAUGGGGUUAUAGUGGGAGGGAGGCUAGGUGGGGCGGUAGGUUGA